AUAAAUCCUCAGACUCUCCCAUCCCCAAACAAACAACCCAAGAAGAGCAAAUCUAAACAAAAAAGAAACGAAAACAUUCUUGAGUCCCAGAGUCUGAAGAAUGCCGUGGAGUGGCGGCGUGUGGCACCUGUCCUUUUCACAGAGGGGUCUGGAGAGCAGAGCCAGUGCUGGUUCCAGGAUUCGCUGCUCAACAACGGCAUACACAUGGAGGCUCCUCGCCCAGGAACACAUUUGCCAGCUGGGUAUGCCCCUCAGUAUCCACCAGCAGCAUUCCAAGGACUUCCCGAACAUACUGGACGCCCCACACUCCAAACUGACUACCAAAGUCUCCAGUCUGGUUACCCAGGGCCUCGGGCUGGCCAUACAGUCUUAACAGCUGGCAGUGAAGGUUAUAAUGCAACCCGGCUUCCUACUCAAAAUAACCAGACUAUCGUCCUUGUUAAUACCCAGUGGAUGCCAGCACCACCACCUCUUCAUAACUGCCCACCUGGGCUAGAAUACUUAAGUCAGAUAGAUCAGAUUCUGAUUCACCAGCAAACAGAACUUCUGGAAGUCUUAACAGGCUUUGAAACAAAUAAUAAGUUUGAAAUCAAGAACAGCCUUGGGCAGAUGGUUUACCUAGCUGUGGAAGAUACUGACUGCUGUACUCGAAACUGCUGUGAAGCAGCAAGACCUUUCACCUUGAGGAUCCUGGAUAAUCUGGGCCGAGAAGUCAUGACUCUGGAGAGACCCCUGAGAUGUAGUAGCUGUUGCUUCCCCUGCUGCCUCCAGGAGAUAGAAAUCCAAGCUCCUCCUGGUGUGCCGGUCGGUUAUGUGACUCAGACCUGGCACCCUUGUCUGCCCAAGUUGACUCUUCAAAACGAGAAGAAGCAGGAUGUUCUAAAAGUUGUUGGUCCGUGUGUGGCAUGCACCUGCUGUACAGACAUUGACUUUGAGAUCAAGUCUCUUGAUGAGCAGUCUAGAAUUGGCAAGAUCUCCAAGCAGUGGUCUGGGUGUGUGAGAGAGACCUUCACAGAUUCAGAUAACUUUGGGAUCCAGUUCCCCCUAGACCUUGACGUGAAGAUGAAGGCUGUGACACUCGGGGCGUGUUUCCUCUUAGAUUACAUGUUUUUUGAAGGCUGUGAGUAGGAACGAAGCCGUCCGUGUGGUGGGGACCAACGAAGAAGACAGAAACGUUGAUGUCUCCUCAGUGAGACCAUGUAUCUGGGAAACUGGUGGCUGUAGUUUUCUGUAUUGAAAUUUCUCAGAAUUAAGCUAUAACACAUGAGGCAUAAUGGAUACAGUUUUGCUUUCUAAAUGACAGUUUAUCCUCUACAUAAUUGGAAUAGACAUGGGCUUACUUCUUUAUACACAUCUAAAUUAUUCACUGAAUUAAACAU